UCAAACAGGUUCUGCUUCUUGUGGAUAUAAAAGACGUAUCAGCUUGAUGGAUGGGCAAGACCUGCAACACUGCAGUCAUGGAGAAUCUACAGAGGAGGACAAAUUACUGGACAGCCAAACGUUUCCAUGCUGUUUAUGAAAUAUUUAGACAAGGUGGAUCCACUUUUACAAACUACCAAAUGAUUAUACUGUGUCUGGGACUGUUGAAUGCUGUUUUGCUGAUAACUGCUGUUGUUACUGGGAUAAAGUGUGCCAAAGUCAAAGAGGGUUCCCUCAACAAUUCCCACUCAGCUGCAGCACAGCUCAUCAAUGAGCUGAACUAUCUCCGCAGCAACCACAGCGAUGCGAUGAAGGCCGAAGAGGAGGCCAAGCAAGCAUUAGAGAAGGCGCUCGAAAAUCAUGCACAGCUAAAGGUGCAAAUUGAGCAGCAGAAGACCAUCAAUGAUGGCUAUCAGAGACAGGUGGAGGUACUGCGAGCAGAGAAGACAAAUCUGCAGGCUAACAUAUCAGCUUUGGAGGGAACCUGUGGCAGAUGCCUCCCUGGAUGGUUUAUUCUCAACUCAACCUGCUAUUUCCUUUCUUAUACUGAAUCCUCUUCUGUCAAAAAGAACUGGCACAACAGCAGAACAGACUGCAUCAGUCGUGGAGCUGACCUGGUUGUGAUUGAUAACCCGGAGGAGCAGAAAUUUGUGAGUGGCAAGAUCAAAGGACUGAUAAGUGGCCGUAGCUCCUGGUCAAACGGAUUCUGGAUUGGCAUCACUGACAUAGAGACAGAGGGCACGUGGGUCUGGAUUAAUAAUGUCACUGAAGUGGAACAAAGGUACUGGAUGGAUGGAGAACCAAACAACCAUGGACUCCAGGGAGAGAAUUGUGUGAUUGCAGUGUAUAGCUCUCCUAAUCCCUGGAAGACCUGGUACGAUGGAAACUGCCAAGAACAUGAGUUAUACUGGAUAUGUGAAAUGCCUUCAAGAUAAACUCUGUAUACACCCCUUAAGUACUGUUCAAGCAGAAAACAUAUGCAGACGUUUGGAAUUGUCUUGAAUAAAAUAUCUUCCUGCUGCCCUGCA